UAGUGGAGAAAAUUAAGGGAUAUAUUUGCAUCUACCACAAGUUCUCCCCAGGUUGUUAACUACUAAGGGGGAUAUGCCCUCUUUUAAUGGAAAAGGGAGUGUUUUUCGCUCCAGGGAUUUGCCCAUUUUCUCAAUCCAAAACCAUGCUUGCUCUCCUGCAUUAAAAUAUAUAUCUCAUCUUAUCUUUAGCAAAGUUUUUUGAAUUACGAACGGUGAAUCUCAAAUGGCUCCCGUUACAAGGAGUGCGCUGCAUCGCUCUGCAGAUGAAAAAUCUUCCAGCACCAGAAGAGGGAAGAAAGUGUUGCCAGUUGCACAACCUUCAAACAAUGGGCGAGGGAGAAAGCACUCUGUUGCUACGAAAUCUUCGAGCGUCGGGAAAGGGAAGAGGUGUUAUUCCGUUGAUAUGGAGAUGGAUAAGUGCUGGUGGCUCGAACGCAGUCCAGUUUGGAAGAAAUUUAAAACUACAGUAAAGGAGAUUCAAAAAAGUGACAAAGACAUGUAUACAACAUUCCUUAAAAUGUACGUUCAGUUUCAUUACUACAAUGAGUGGACUAAUGAUGACUCUUUCGUGAAAGCGGUGAGUGAGCAUUUUCCACAAUAUCCACAAUUUGUUGAGGCAUUAUCUGAACUGUUGAAAGCUUACCCAAAUUAGAAACCAAAGCCUGCAUGCUUCUAGAUUAAUAGUUUGUGUUUGUUGAAUAUCUUAUCUGGGCACCUUAGGGCAAAAAAGCUUUUAAUACUACCUUACUAAUCUUUUUUCACAUGGACAUAUGUUUGUUUCACCAAUAAAUGUUCUCUGUUUAUUCCCUUAA